AUGUUUGUCAUUGAAGUAAAGGUUAAAGGUGGUGGCAGAUACCUGAUUUUCCGACGCUAUCGUCAGUUCUAUGCCCUGCACGCCAAACUAGAGGAGAGAUACGGGGCAGAGAGCAAAAAUAGCCCUUUUACCUGCACACUCCCCAUAUUGCCAGGAAAAGUUUAUGUUGGGGCCAAAAAAGAAAUUGCUGAGAACAGGAUUCCUAUCCUAAAUGUCUACAUGAAGAACCUACUCUGCCUACCUGUUUGGGUGUUGAUGGAUGAAGAGGUACGGCUGUUCUUCUACCACUCAGACUUUGAUAGUGAACAGGUGCCUCACAGACUGAGAAGGCUUCGCCCACGGACACGCCGAGUUAAAAGCAUUUCACCUCAAGUGCCUAUUUUUGACCGUGUGGCAGCUCCACGGGCUGAGGCACUGUUUGAUUUUUCUGGAACCAAUAAACUGGAGCUCAGCUUCAAGAAGGGAGACUUGAUCUAUCUACUCAGCAGAGUAAACAAAGACUGGUUGGAGGGAACAGCUAAUGAUGUCACUGGGAUUUUCCCAUGUGCUUUUGUGAAGAUCAUAAAAGAUUUACCACAGCAGGAAGACACAGUUAAUAAAGUUCGCUGUUAUUACUAUGAUAAGACUGUGAGCACUAUCAGGGAUAUCUCAGUGGAAGAGGAUCUGAACAGCAUUCCAUCAUUCAAAGAUCUCAUGGAAUUGAUGAGGCGGGAGUUUGACCAAGAUGACAUUGUUUUGAAUUACCGGGACCUUGAUGGUGAUCUGAUCCGGUUGCUCUCCGAUCAGGAUGUUGAGCUUAUGGUGUCUCAGAGCAGGAGAAGGCCCUCUGAGAAGCAUUUCUUUCCUUGGAAGUUGCACAUCACUCACAAAGAUGACUUGGAUGUCUACAACACUAGUCCAGGAAUAGGUGCUACUCAAACAGUAAGAGCAACAUAA